CUGGGACUUGUCUUUCCCUGCGCUCCUCUCGGGCCGGGGUCACAGUUCGGAAUCCUGCGCUUCCAGGUGUCGGAUUCCCGUGGGAGGACUCUGUCCAGAGAGGAGUAAAUGACCAAAUUCCAGGAACCAGUAAUAUUCAAGGAUUUCUCUGUGGACUUCACUGAGGAAGAGUGGGGUCACCUGGACCCUGCUCAGAGGAAGCUACACAGAGCUGUGAUGCUGGAGAACUACAGCCGCUUUGUCUCAGUGGGAGACCUGAAUGAAAAUUCUGUGGAGAGUCUUCAAGAGAAAGGACUUAGGGAUCAGUUAUAUAAACAGUUUUCCUACUGGCUAAUUUUGAAGAGAUGGCCAGUACGAUAACUGGUAGUCAGGAUUAUGUUGUGAAUCUUCAAGGGGAAGUGUACAGAAACCCCGAACUAGAUCUUUCCCCUUAUCAAAAGUGGGGAGAAGCAUCUUCUCACGUUUCCAGAAACAAGAGCUGUGUAGUAACCUUUCAAAAUGAUGAUUUCAAAAAUAUAGAAAGUGAAGAUUAUUUGUCUUUGAAAGUUCCGAAUCAUAUGGCCACUCAGGACUCCUCAGUGACGUUCUGUAAGAAUGAGCCCCAGGAUCCUCAGGAAAGCACAAGUCUGUUUGUAACUGAAGAAAGCACUGAAAGAAAAUUGAUGGGAAGAAAAAGUCCUCCCAUAGACCAUUGUUCAGAGAACCAUCAUAUUAAAUCUACAUCUGAUGUAACAGAACUGGUCUCGCCAUUGAUCAGUGGCAAGGCAAUCUGCCAGAAUGGCCAAUCAAAAGAAUCCUCAGAUCCCUUUGACUGUAACCGCAAAGACAUUUAUGGGUGGAAAUCAUGGGUGGUCAGUCAUCAGAGAGCUCAUACAGAGGAGCAUCCCUGUAACUGUUAUGACUGUGGGAAAAUACCCAACACCAGCUCAGAUAGUCAUCUAUGUGAGAAAAUCCACACUGCAGAGAAACAAUACCAAUGUAGUCGGUGUGGUAAGGACUUCAGUGAGAGCUCAGAACUACUGCUUCAUCAGAAAGACCACACAGAAGAAAAACCCUACAAAUGUGAACAGUGUGGAAAGGGCUUCACGAGGAGCUCAAGUCUCCUCAUCCAUCGAGCAAUCCACACUGAUGAGAAACCUUAUAAGUGUGACAAGUGUGAGAAAGGCUUCACGAGGAGUUCAAGUCUGCUCAUUCAUCAUGCAGUCCAUACAGGUGAGAAACCUUAUAAAUGUGACAAGUGUGGGAAGGGCUUUAGUCAGAGCUCCAAACUGCAUAUUCACCAGCGAGUGCACACUGGUGAGAAGCCCUAUGAGUGUGGGGAGUGUGGAAUGAGCUUCAGUCAGCGCUCCAACCUGCACAUCCACCAACGGGUCCACACAGGAGAGAGGCCCUACAAAUGUGGAGAGUGUGGGAAGGGCUUCAGUCAGAGUUCAAACCUUCACAUUCACCGGUGCAUACACACGGGCGAGAAACCUUACCAGUGCUAUGAGUGUGGGAAGGGCUUUAGCCAGAGCUCAGAUCUCCGCAUCCAUCUUAGAGUCCACACUGGAGAGAAGCCCUAUCACUGUGGCAAGUGUGGGAAGGGAUUUAGCCAAAGCUCCAAACUCCUCAUCCACCAGAGAGUACAUACUGGAGAGAAGCCCUAUGAGUGCAACAAGUGUGGGAAGGGCUUCAGCCAGAGCUCCAACCUCCACAUCCACCAACGGGUUCACAGGAAAGAUCCCCAUUAAAGAGCUCUUCAGUCACAUGCUUGUACAAGACUUCGGUGUUUUUAACAUCACUUUUUGUAGUCAGUGCAGGAGAGAGAUAAUAAGAAUUAUUCAGAUAGGUUCCCUCAUUGAAAAAUCAUUCAUUCAUUUAAAGGAUUUAAAUACCAAGAAUUUUGUUAUGCUAUGCAGUGAAUUGAUUGUUCUAGUUCCUUAGUUGGUUAGAAUGAACACGUCUGUACUCAGUAGUUCAGCCAGUGUUAUUAGAACUACCUAUCCUACCCAGUAUUUACAACAGCAAGAACUUGUCAUUUAUCCAAGCAGAACAUGUUUCCCUUUGUUCACAAUCUCUGAGAAAUCAGAACUCGGACUUGUCACCAAGUUAUGUGCCUUGUGAUUUUCAUAUUUCCUUCCAGCCCUGAGUAGCUCUGUCUAAACUAUGAUUGUUGGUUUUAGGCCAGGGGGAGGGCGAUUGGAGAUAAAAUAGACAUGGAAAUUUUUUGUGUUUAUUGCAAAAAUGUAUAACAGUCUGUGGCCACACAACAAGGAGGUGGAGAAGAGCUACUCGUAGUAUGCCCUAUACACCACUUUAUAGCAUGUUGAACCCUCUCAUCCCCCUAAAGCAACUGCUCAAGACCAUAAGUACUGUAGUUCUUUUUCCUGGUUUCAGCUAGUCUGUCGCCACCUCAUAUGACAUCCCCAAACUAAAGCUAAGUAGGUUAUAUACACCAUGUUGAAACAUAUCAAAUGAAGUUGAAACCUAUUUAAGUGAAUUUAAUUCCUUUCUCAAUACUUCCCUCUUGUUUCCUUAAUUUCCUUCACUACCAUGUUCUAUGCUAAGCAAAACAAAAGAGGAGAGAAAGUUUUUGAUAUUUGUCUCUUCAGGCAUAUCUCUUUAUUUUAAUAUUUGAUGUACUCCAAAAAAAGUAAUUUGUUUUUGCAGGAUUCCCAGCCUCUUUAAAAUUCACUGUAGACAUCUAACUCAUAUUUAUAAAGUUAUUUUUAUAUUUGACUAAAAGUACUUCAUAUAAAAAUAGAUAUAUAAAAACUUUUAAACCAUAUUUGGAGAGUAAGUCUGGGAAGAUAAGCCUAAAAUACGCAUUGUAUCAUACAUAAUUCACUUGGGGUGGGAUUGGGUAUGGAGCUAGAACACCUGAAAAAGUUAGGCAUUUAUCCUCUAGGAGUUAAUAUUAGAAACUCAUGCAACAAUUUAAAGUAGAAAAGUGAUUGCAAAUACAUAACUAGAUCCUAAGUUACAAUACAGAUUGCCAUACUGUUGAAAACUGGAUUUACUCUGCUAUCAAACCAACAGGUUUCUCACAGAGCUCAGGGAAACAUUCUCCCUACAAAUUUUGUUGACGGGUUUCCUGGGCCACCAACUCAUCCCUGUUUUCCUGUGAACACUUUGAUUCAUUUACAUGAGUUUUCUUCCCAAAGUUCUGAGCCUGCAUGAGUCUCAGGACGUUGCAAGAGUUAAAAAUCUUGAUUUGUAAAAGUCCUAUGAUGUUCAUCCCCUUGAACAUCCACCAUUAGGUCCUCACUUGGAGGAAUUUGAUGAGAUACUCCUCCUUUUCCUAAGGUUCAUUUACCUUCAUUUUCUUUUAAUCUUUUUUAUUAUGGAAAAUUUCAAACAGCAGAAACUAGACAGAAUAAUAAAAGGUCGCUUCAUGAACUAAUCACUCAGUUUCAAGUGUUAUCAAUACAUUAUCCUAUGCCAUUUUCAUCUCCAUCUCUUAUAAAAAUCUAGAGGAUUAAUAUUUAUGAAACUCACCAACUUAGGAUUUCUUAAAGUUAUUUGUUCACAGGACAUUUAAUAUCAAGAGCUCAUGAGUCAUAAUGCAUGUGUGAAUGAAAAUGGCAAUAAAAAAUUCUCAAAAGUAAAUUUAUUCUCUUAAUCAUAUUUCAGUGAUAUAGCAACCAACAUUAAUGUUUACAAUGGAUCGAUGGCUAUCAAAAAUACAUUAUAAAACUAGAGGCUCAUCACACCAGCAGUUUUCAAGGUUAUAUAUAUCAACAGUUAAUGGGCAAACACUGCCUGUGUAUCAGGGAGCAAAGUGGAUACUACAUAUUCAUUCAGUUCCGGGGCUAUAGCACACUGUUUUUCAAGGAGCAGACUGUUGCAUAAUCAGAAGUGUGUGCACGUGUGUGUGUACAGUAGCCCCCCAUACACACAUUCACAGGGGAUAUGUUCCAAGACCCCCAGUGGAUGCCCGGUGAAUAGAACCAAACCCUAUAUGUGCUAUUUUUUUCUAUACAUAGAUACCUACGAUAAAGUUUAAUUUAUAAGUUAGGCAUACUAAGAGAUUAACAACUAUUAAUAAAAGUUAUAACAAUAUACUAUAAUAAAAGUUAUAUGAAUGCAGUCUCUCAAAAUAUCUUGUACUCCACUCACCCUUCUUGUGCUAUGAUACAGUGCCUAAGUGAUGAGAUGAAGUGAGGUGACUGACGUAGGCAUUGUGACAUAACGUUAGGCUGGCUACUACUGACCUUCUGAUGAGAGAGCUACUAAGUGACUAACAGGCAGGCAGUGUAUACAUCAUGGAUAUGCUGGACAAAAGGAUGAUUGACCUCCCAGACAGGACUGAAUGUGAUUUCAUCAAACUAAGAAUGGCACACAAUUUAAAACAUAAAUUGUUUAAUUCUGGAAUUUUUCAUUUAAUUUUUUCUAACUGUGGUUUAUUAUGGAUAACUGAAACCACGGAAAACAAAACCACAAAUAAAAGCGGACUACUGUAUAUAUACACAAAUAUACUUACAUAUUAUAUGUGUGCAUGCAUGUGGGAGGGGAACUUAAAAUUUUAGAAAAAAAUGUACUGCUCACACUCUUUUCCUCAGAACAAACUGUUUACUGAACCAA